AUGAAAGCUACAGAAUCAAUAUCAGACUAUUUUAGUAGAGUUCAAACAAUAACUAAUCAAAUAAAGAGAAAUGGAGAAGCAAUUAAUGAUGUAAGAAUUAUGGAGAAGAUACUUAGGACUUUAGACUCUAAAUUCAAAUAUAUUAUUCCGGCAAUACAAGAGUCUAAAGAUCUUUCCGAAGUAUCGAUUGAUGAGCUGCAAGGUUCUCUGCAAGCUUAUGAACAAGAUAUAAACAUUAGUUCAAAUCAAGCGGAGAAUCUAGAGCAAGCCUUGCAGAGUAAGAUGACUAUCAAAGAAGAUAGUCGAAGAGGACGUGGAGGCUACAGAGGCAGAGGCUCCUUUCGAGGUGGCUCAAACUUCCAGCAAGGUCGUAGGAGACAGUACCAAGGAGGCCAUGAAAAUCAAGAUCAAAAUAGAGAUCGUGAACGAUCAUUCAAUCGAGGACGAGGUCGUGGCACACGAGGACGAGGACAAGGAAGAAGUUACCAUGAGGACAGAUCUCAACCACAGUGUUACAAAUGUAAGAGAUACGGUCAUCUCAGCUACGAAUGUUGGGAGAAAUCAAAUAAAGUGGCAGAAAGAAGUAACUUUGUAGAAAGGGAGAAGGCAGACACUUCAACAGUCCUGCUGACAUACCAAUAG